GGGCGCCAUUGGCUAUCAGGAGCUUGCAGAGAACGGAUUAUUUAUUCUAGGCGAACAGCUGAGGAACAAAGAUGAGUUUGAGACCGUGAAGAAGGUGCUGGAAAAGACCAUGAGAGUGAAGCUGGACAUUGCUGCCAUGUACGCACGUGAGGGAAAUGCUCCCAUCGAAAGGCUGGAGGCCGCAUUGGGCAGCAGCUCUGCUGCACAUGUGCAAAGCAUCCAGGAUGCACUGAAAAAAAUUGUCUGGACCAAAAGCAUGUGCCGGAUGUACACUUUGCUCAACAGGUGUGCGGAGCACAGUGAGCCUGCGCUACUUAUAGGAGAGACGGGUGUAGGAAAGACGACUGUGUGCCAGUUGCUGGCAUUGAUGCGCGACCAGAAGCUGCACAUCAUAAACUGCAACCAGCACACAGAAACGUCAGAUCUGUUGGGAGGCUUCAGGCCCAUGCGGGACAGAGAGCAAGCACUGGCAAGAUUCGUGCAAGCUGCAGAGGGCUUUGGGCAGUCACAGCUGUUUCAAAUGUGUGAAGUUGCGCCUUUGCAGCUGCCAG